AUGGCGGUGAAGAGUGCCAUCGAGUGGCAGCCGAAUUAUGGUGGCCCCAGAGGGGUUUCAAGUGUUACAGCCCACAACAGGUUUGGCUUAUGGAAGAUGGGCAUUAGCCAUGUUUUAAAUGCGGCCCAUGGCAUGAUAUUUUGCAAAGGAUCCCAUGGCUUCUAUGGUCCCAGCAUUGAAUAUUAUGGAGUACCAGCCCAUGACCUUCCGAAUUUUGACCUGAGUCCGUAUUUCUACCCUGCGGCGGAAUUUAUACACAAAGCCUUGAGCAUCCCAGGAGCCAUGAGCGGGCGAGAGAGGUGUCUGUCUGCGGGCGUCUCUUCACAUUGUGCUUGA